CGAAUCGAGCGUGUUGUCGCCGCUUGUUUUUUUUUUUUUUUUCGAAAGUCCGGCUUUUGUGUAUAGUGCUUAAAGACCCGCUUCUAAGAAAGAAACGCUUUCCAGGGUAGUUUGUUCAAGCUUCUUCGUCUUAAUGAUGUCGAUGUCGGUUUAAUUUGUAUGAUACUGUCGUAUAAUGGACGAACCGUGGGAUUUCGAGCUCGUGUCCCGGUUUAUGGACGGUGUGAUGUCGUUCCUCUCCGAGUUCGUGGAAGAUUGGAUGGCCAAUGAUAUGAGGGUGGCCAUAUUUAAAAUACUGUUCAGCUGGCUCGUUUUCAGCCUCGUCGCCAUUCAUUUCGCCUGGAAGGUGUACGGAACCACUGUCAACGACAUGUACUACAGACAAGGUGUUGGCGGGCAGAAUGGCGGUACUCCAGAUGCUGCGUCACACCUCGGCGGCUGGGAGAGUGCUUCAGGAGAUGGUUUUAAGACUCACCGUGAGUGACAAGCAAGGUUCCAGGUGGGCCCACCAGAGGAACUGCAGCAACUCUCCUGACAGAGGAGUGAGGGGGGUCUUCUUGAGUCUGGCUGGAUUCCUUGGACCAUUUAGUUCCUGUCAGAUGCUAAUCUGGGAGAUCAAACCCAAAUCAUUGGGAGACCAGUACCAACUGACAUCUACACUGACCUCCACUGGUUGGAGUCUGGAGCUCAGGUUUCCGACUCGUCCUGGUAAACUCAGUAAGUCAGAUUGUGUCUGGCCUGCUUUUCAGGGAGAAGGUUUUCAUCUGGACUGGGAGGGCUAGCUUCAAACCAUAUCCGAGCCUUAAACAGCCUAAGGCUGGUUCUUAGAACCCCCACCCCCUGAAAAUGUGAUAUUGAAGUGUAUUUUGUAUUUCUUUAUUUUUUUCUCAUGCUAGUUGGUUUCUAUAAUUGUUCAUUUGUUAUAUCCAGUCUUAAACCAGAAUGAUUCCAUUACAAGCACUUAAGCUUGAGGAAAGUCUGCCGCCAUUCUCUCCUUUAUUCCACACACCUGGUCAUAAACAAAAUGAAGUUCAUCAGCAGGUGCUUUAAUUUGGCCCAUCUUGAGAAGAGACUCUGAAAACUUGAGUGGAAAUAAGAUUAAACCGUAUCCCAUGACAGCAGGACUGUGACGAUGAUUAGUGUUAUAAACUUCUCUAUCUGGCUACUCUCCAUUCUCCCCCAACCCAGCUUGCUUUCUGGCAUUUCUUUCUCCAGUGAUGUUCAGUUUAAUUUGAAUGUGUAAUAAAAGUCUUUAAUCCAAACUA